UUUUGUCAUAUUUGUGUUCCUAUCACUCCAGCAAAAAAGCCAGUCAUGUUGGUAAAAACAGUCUCUUCAUCAUCAUUUUUCCUCUUUGUGCAGAUCCUGACCAAAGACUCAGUGACCGUCUCUGUGGACGGCGUGGUGUACUUCCGCAUUCACUGUCCAAUUUCAGCGGUGGCCAAUGUGAGUAACGCUCACUCAUCGACGCGUCUGCUCGCUCAAACCACCCUGAGGAACGCACUCGGCACCAAAAACCUGUCGGAGCUGCUGUCUGACAGAGAGGGCAUAUCUCUCAGUAUGCAGGAAUCCCUGGAUGAAGCCACUGAUCCGUGGGGCAUUAAAGUGGAGCGUGUGGAGAUCAAGGAUGUGAAGUUACCCCAGCAGCUGCAGAGAGCCAUGGCAGCUGAGGCGGAGGCCAGCCGCGAGGCCAGAGCCAAGAUCAUUGCUGCAGAAGGUGAGAUGAAGGCGUCCCGCGCUCUGAAAGAAGCCUCUCUGGUGAUCGCCGAGGCUCCUUCUGCUCUCCAGCUGCGAUACCUGCAGACGCUCAACGCCAUCGCGGCAGAGAAGAACUCCACCAUCAUCUUCCCUCUGCCCAUAGAUAUGCUGCAGAGUUUCAUGCCGAGCAAGUGACGAGUGAAUCCUGUGAGGGUUGUUAUUUUGCACUGAUAUUAUAUUAUAUUAUAAUGUUAUUACAAGAACCUGCCACUUUAUUAGGUACACAGGACAGCUCACUGAAACACGUGGCACCUGUGUUCUGCUGCUGAGGCCGAGCUGCUUUGAAGGUUUGACAUGUUGUGCGUUCAGGACCCUCCGUCGUUGUGAGUCUGACGUCUGGAAUCAACAAUGCACUUUUACAGAGAGUGAUUUGACGUCACUCUGAAUUAGAGCUGAAACAAUUACUCGAUUAAUCGAUUGCUAAAUUAAUCGUCAACAAUUUUGAUAGUCGAUUAAUCGGUGUGAAGCUUUUUUCAUUAUUAAAGCAACGAUUUCUGAUUGGUUCAGCUUCU